AUGGUGUGGGAUGCCGAGAAACAAGCUCACGGCGAGCCUGAAGAAGCAGCCAUUGCUAGCGUUUCCAUGGAGGAAGAUGAAGAAGAUGAAGGAAGAAGAAGAAGAAGAAGAAGAAGAAGAAGAAGAAUCCCACAGCGGCCCUUGACAGCGGCGGAGAAACUCGCCGCGACGAGGGUGAAUGUCGCUCCGAGAGACGGGAGCGCGAGUGAUCAAGACCCCGAAAAGGGAAGAGAACCCGGCGACAGCGACGAAAGCGACGAAAGGGAAGAGCAGCAGGAGGAAGAGGGAUCCGGCUUCUUCGCCUCCCUGCGCCGCUUCGAGCGCAAACUCGACAAAACCCUCGGCCUCGAAUCCGAAGCGAUCGAUCGGAAACUGCCCCAAGACAGGCAACCCCAACCGUGGCAUGCGCAGCUCAACAUGGCGCUGCUCUGGGCUUCCGGGACCAUGAAUGUGUCGUGCUUCGCGACGGGAUUCCUGGGCUGGGAAUUCGGCCUCUCCCUCAAACAGUCCAUCCUCUGCAUCCUCUUCGCUUCCCUCCUGGGCGGCGCGGUGUCGGGCUUCUGCGCCACGCUCGGGCCCGCGACGGGCUUGCGGCAGAUUUCCAUCGGGCGGUAUAGUUUUGGGUGGUGGCCGAAUAAGAUCAUCGCGGCGCUGAAUACGAUUCAGCAGAUUGGAUGGAGCGCGGUGGGGUGUAUUACGGGUGGAUUGGCCAUGACUGCGGUUUCCGGGGGUGGUGUUCCGAUUGCGAGUGGCAUCAUCAUCAUUGCGUGCUGUUCGCUUGUGGUGAGUUGUCUGGGCUUGCGGGCGAUUCUGGUCUACGAGAAGUAUGCCUGGUUGAUUUACUUUGUCAUCUUCAUGAUCAUCUUUGGAGAGACGGGACGCUAUGCGGAUAAUACGACGCCGACGAGCCUGAAAGGAGCAGAUCUGAGCGGGAAUGUUUUGUCCUUGUUGGCGGUGGUGUAUGGUUCUUCGGCGAGCUGGGCCACCGUCGCGAGUGACUAUUACGUUCACUACGCUGUGAACGUGAACCGGACAAAGGUCUUCCUCAUGACGACUCUUGGGAUUGCCAUUCCAACGAGCAUCGGCAUGCUAGCUGGCGCCGUGGUCUCCUCCGCGAUGAACAACCGCGAAGACUGGAAAGAAGCAUACGAAGACCAAGGACUGGGAUAUCUAAUCAGGGAUAUGCUAUACCCACUCGGCUUCGCCAAGUUCAUUCUGAUACUUCUGGUUCUUUCGGGAAUCAAUAUGAACAUUCUGAACGGGUAUAGUGCGGCGAUAUCAUGUCAGCAAUUUUCGCGGCCCUUUGCAAAGAUUCCGCGCUUCAUCUGGACGAUCGUCUGCUUCGGUGUCGUGAUUGCUCUUGCGCUUGCGGGUCGCAAUCACCUUCUGGCAUAUCUGCAGAACUUCCUGUCUCUGCUGGGAUACUGGUGCACCAGCUACUUCGUCAUCCUUUUCACGGAGCACUAUCUGUUCAAAAAGAACAACUUCGCCAAUUAUGAUCUCGAGGGCUGGAACGACCCGAAACGACUUCCUCUUGGUCUUGCUGCCUUGGCCGCAUUCUGCCUGGGUGUCGUUGUGUGGGUGAUGGGUAUGGUCGAGACCUGGUAUGUUGGUCCCAUAGGACGACAGAUCGGUAGCUCUGGCGGCGAUGUCUCCAACGAGUUGACUCUGGUCGUGACAGCGAUUGUGUACGUGCCUGCGAGAUACCUGGAGCUGAAGUAUGUCGGCAGAUGA